GCAGCGGGAGCGCGGGAGCCCGACGGCGCGGCCGCAAGGUCACCGCGCACCAUGGAGGCCAAGGUCCGCCAGAGCCGGCGCUCGCGCGCGCAGCGGGAUCGCGGCCGCCGUCGGGAGGCGGCCCGCGACGCCCGCGACCAGAGCGCGUCGUCGGGCGACGAGACCGAGCCCGGGCCUGGCAAGGAGAACGCGGGCCUGCCCCGCGCGCCCCCGCCCCGCGCCGCCGCCGUGCGCCCCCCGCGCCGCCGCCGCCGCGAGUCCAGCUCGCAGGAGGAGGAGGUCAUCGACGGCUUCGCCAUCGCCAGCUUCAGCACGCUCGAGGCCUUGGAGAAGGACAUGGCCCUGAAGCCACAUGAGCGGAAGGAGAAAUGGGAACGUCGCCUUGCCAAGAAGCCCCGCGAGUCAGAAAACUGCCCGUCUGCAGAACCAAGUGAGAAUGGGCGUCCCCUGGAGAUCGUCAGUCCUGAGCAGGACCUGGAGCCUGCCUGCGACCGGGGGAAGAAGAAGGUCCCACUGCAGCCCACCAAGCAGAUGAAGGUCACCGCAUCCAGAGGGGCCGACCGCCACAGUGGGGAUGACAGCCUCCAUGAAGCCACCAGCUCCCGGACAAGCAGUUCUCGGGACCAGCUCAGUGACAGUUCUACGCAGGCCGUCUCGGGCAGAGGCUACUCGUGUGACAGCGAGAGUGAAGGGGACGACAAGGCAUCUGUGGGCUCUGAGAAGCUCUUCGCCCCAGCAGCUGAUAAAGGCCCCACGCUGGGCGAGGAGGCCGAGGCCAAGGCCGGGGCGCCGCCCAAAGUCUCGGGCCUGGAGCGCAGCCGCGAGUUGAGCGCCGAGCCGCCCUUCCUGCCCACGGUGCGCAGCCCCGCGCCCCCCGCCGACCCCGCGACAGGCGCCCCGGCCAGCCCGCCGGUCAAGAAGGAAGCCCCUGCCCUGCCCCGCCUCACCCCGCAGCCGCCGCCCGCGCCCCCACAGCCCCGCGCCCCGCUCCCGACGCACGUGCCUCUGCCCCUGGGCGCCUUCGCCGGCCAAGGCCAGGCUGCGCACAACGGCCUGCACAGCCUCAGCAGGAGCAGCGGCGCCGGCAGCAGCGCCAGCCUCGGGCUCGCGAAGCACGCGUCCCUGUCGCCUCUCGGGCCGGGCCCCCACCUGUCUACCUCACACUUGGCGCUCCGCUCGCAGGCCCAGCACCAGCACCACGCGGCGGCCAUGUUCGCCGCCCCCCCGACACUGCCCCCGCCCCCGGCGCUGCCGGCCAACAGCCUGGUCAUCCCAGGACACCCUGCCGAUGCCAGCCUGUUGAUCUCAUUCAGCCAGCCAAUCAUGUAUUGCCAGCCUCAUUCGGGGAUUCUGAUUGAUCACGAGCUGCUCAGGCAAGAGCUGAACGCGCGUUUUCUGGUCCAGAGCGCUGAGCGGCCCGGCGCCCCCCUGGGCCCGGGGGCUCUGCUGCGGGCGGAGUUCCACCAGCACCAACACACACACCAGCACACACACCAGCACCAACACACAUUUGCCCCCUUCCCCGCGGGGCUGCCCCCGACGCCGCUCCUGCCGCCCGCCGCACCCCCGCCGUUUGAUAAGUACGCACCCAAGCUGGACAGCCCCUACUUCCGACAUUCCAACUUUUUCCCGUCUUUCUCUUCUGCCAUCCCCGGACUGCCCACCCUGCUCCCACACCCAGGCCCCUUUGGGUCCCUACAGGGUGCUUUUCAGCCCAAGACUUCCAGCCCAAUCGAGGUAACAGGCCGGGCCAGUGCUGUUCACACCCUCCUCCAGAAAGGCCCCGGGGUGUCCGACCCAUACCGGACCACAGUCAGGAAACCUGGGAAGUGGUGUGCUGUGCACGUGCAGAUCGCCUGGCAGAUCUACCACCAUCAGCAGAAGAUAAAGCAGAUGCAGCUGGACCCCCACAAGCUGGAGGUGGGCGCCAAGCUGGACUUGUCCAGCAGACCCCCUGCCCCGGGCGUGUUUGCCGGAUUCCACUACCCGCAGGACCUGGCCCGGCCCCUCUUCUCUGGCUCGGGUGCCGCCCAUCCCACCACCAACCCAUUCGGAUCCUCAGCCCAUCCCAGCAGCUUCCUGACCACCGGUCACCUGACAGACCCUUUCAGCAGGCCAGGCACCUUCGGGGGCCUGGGGAGCCUGGGCAGCAGCGCUUUCGGAGGCCUGGGGAGCCACGCACUGACUCAGGGCAGCAGCAUCUUUGCCCCCAAGGAGAGCUCUGUGCUGCAUGGCCUGCCCAGCCCCCACGAGGCCUGGAACCGACUGCACCGGGCGCCACCAUCCUUUCCCACACCACCCCCAUGGCCUAAGCCCGUGGACCCCGAUCGGGUCUCAGCCCUGACCAACCACGACCGAGAGCCGGACAAGGGCAGGGAGGAGAGGGACCUCCUGGAGAAGACGCGCCUGCUGAGCCGGGCCUCGCCCGCAGCGCCCGUGGGCCCCCCAGCCAGCAGCCUCCUGCUGCGCGGCCAGAGCGAACCGUGCCGGCCCGGGGUCCCUGCUGAGCGCGAGGCCGAGCCCCGCGUCAAGGAGAGCCGCUCUCCGGCCAAGGAGGACGGCGCCAAGCUGGCCGCGCGCCCGCCAUCUCCCUACAGCAAGGCGGCUCUGGGCGACAGCCUGCGCCUGGCGGGCCUCCUGGGCCGAGAGCCGGGGAAGCCGCCCGAAGCGCCGGCCGAGCGGCCCCAGGGCGACGUCAAGGUCAAGGAGGAGCGCAGGGAAGACAGCGACGCGCCCGAGCCCCCAGGGGCCGGCCUGCACCCAGCGCCCGAGCGUCCGCGCGCGCCCCCUGCGCCCCUGCAGCUCGGGCCCAGCCCGGCGGCCCGCGAGCGCCUGGGCUUCACAUGGGAGCCCCUGCGCGACGCCUACCGCGGCCUGGAGCUGCCCCGGCGCGCCCUGCCCGCCGCCGCCGCCACCCCCGCCCCGGGUCCCGCCGCCCUCUUCGAGCCCCCCGAGCGCCCCUACCGCGACCGCGAGCCACACGACUACAGCCCGGAGCGCCUACGGGAGGCGCGCCGCGAGGAGCUGGAGCGCGCGCGGGCCACGCACCUGGGCGCGGGCCCGCACCUGCCCGCCGCCGCCGCGCACCUGGACGGCGCCGCGCUCCUGCCCGCGCUGGGCGCCCUGCACUACCCGCGCCUCGGGCCCGCAGCCGCUGCGCUGCACAACGGGCUCCUGGCGCGGACCCCGCCCGCUGCCGCCGCCGCCGCCGCGCUGGGCGCGCCGCCCCCACUGGUGGCCGCGGGCGGGCCCCCCACGCCCCCCGGGCCGCCGCCGCGGAGCAGGACUACGCCGCUUGGGGGCCAUGGGCCCGAGGCGCGCGACUACUCCCCAUCCCGCAACCCCCAGGAGGUGGAGGCGCGGUAGUCCCCGCGGGACCCCGCGCCCCGUGUACAGAGGCCCUUCCACAAAUGCACUGCUGUAAACUUUUCUACGUGGACGUUUCUAGAACCUAAGCACAGCGCCGUCAGUCCUGGGGUGACCCUUGCUUAACACCCGAAGCCUGCACAGUCGGGGAGCUUCAUCCACAGCUUUGCUGGGGGUGAUCUUUUGUUUUCUGAGCUUGAAAUUAGGCUACUGGAGGAGAAUUCAAGUUUGUACAUCUUUUCCCACAGGUGAGAAGUGUUUUUAAUAGAUUUGUAUUUUUUUCAAUUUUGUGCUCUUUAGACAUUUAAAAAGAAAAGAGAAACUUUUGCUUUUUUAUCUUCAGUUCAGAUUUGCAAUGUAAAGGCCUCAGAUCCCUCUCUAGAGCCCCAGGAUCUUUUGUCUUAUUUAUGGAGAAAAAACGGUCAUUUUGUCCAGCGCACUGUGAGGCCCCCACUCAGGGCCUGCCUGGCCCUCCCUUGGUACUUGGAACCGAAGUUACAGAUAUAUAUUAAAAUAAUAAUUAAUAAUAAUGUAAAAACUUUUUUUGCCUUAUUAUGCAGAAGCAUAAGAGGAUUUCUUUUUUGGUUUGUUUUUAAAGAAAAACAAAUGAAAUAUGUAAAUAGUCUGUUAAUAUAAAUAUAUGACGUUAUUAAAUUCUUAACCUAGGUAGACUUUAUAAAAGGCAGUUUCUAGAAACCUCUCUGAUUAUUUGUUUAACACGGUCACAAAAAACCCACUUGCUGUCAGUUGGACACGCUCAGAAGCUUAACUGCAGCAGACCCUUCAACUAUGCAAGCGCUCAGAGGGGGCACUGGGCCGCUGUCUGGGGAGGACCCUUCCCCCAGCCUCGCAGCAAGCUGGGCCCCGCCCUCCUCGGCCGGCUCUGGCCGCGAGGACACUUCUGUGGAGCCUAGUGCUCACUGAGCAGUGUUCUCAGAAUCCAUACCAGACAAGUAGAUUUUUAGGAGUUAAGAGUCUAAAGGUUCAUUGCAAUCAGAAAUAGUACUUCUGUCCACCUUCCCUUCCGUGCAAAGGCCAUCGGCAGAUGUCCCUCAGCGCGCUCCUCCACCUGUGGAGGCCUUGGCAUGAUCUCCUUUUGGUUUCGGUUUUGCUUUCAUAGCCCCGAACGUCCCCCUGUCCUGUGCCCAGCACCCUUCUCUGUUCCCCGACACCCCCACCUGUGUCCACUGCACUCUUGAGCCUUGUUGGUUCGACCGUCAGCAGCCAUCUGCUCCAUUCUGUAUUUUCAACCCAUGUUUCCACUGUGGACUCUGGUUGUUUUAAACACUGAGUUCUCGUGUCAAUCAUUGGAGAUAAAUACAGCCUUGAUUUUGGAUCACAAGGUGGUCGGGUGUUCUGUGUGGCACUGUAGAAGGUGGGGGUUCCUGGCCCCAGGACUGCCUUGGCGCGUUGGGUGGAGCCGGGACACCGGUCACCCUUGCCUAGAAGCAGAGCACCUUCACGGGUCUCGGCCUUGCCUCUCCAGCUCCGUCUGGACCAGCACCGCCAGGGCUGUUCCUGCUGCUGGAAUGCCCUCCUGCCCUUUGCCUGCCGCCUCCACCUUGGCCUGUCCCCACCCCGUCAGCCUGCUCAGCCUUGUCCUCUCUGUGCACUGGGUGGAGGCUCACAUCCCUGCAGGGCUGGCCUUCCCCCUGCCCCCCACUGCCCUGGCCCCACACAGAGCCAGGUGAGCCUUUUGUGGAGAAAUGAGGGCUCAGGGAGGGAGGGGGCAGAGGCAGAACCGGCCACCUCUACUCUUCGGGAGGAGAAGGGCAAGGGGCCAUUCCCUUUGGAAAUGGGGGCUCUGAAUGGAUUUGGGUGAGCAGCCAGGCCCGGAAUUGCCCUGAGCCUAAGAAGAGCCCCCCUGUGGAGGGUUGGGGUGCCCCACAUGGAGCCCACUGUGCCCAGGGGCCCACGCUAAGCCCCACCCAGCUGCCAGGGCAGGCCCGGCUGGCCCACCAGCCCCCAGGGCCCUGGGAACCUACCCACAGGUGUAGUGGGCCCAUGGAUGCCAAUCAGGCUCUCCCCUUGACUGAGACCACCUGGGAGUCCAGGGUUAUCACAUAGAAGAAUAAAAUAUUUGAGCUAAAAGCCAGAGGACACAGUCUGCAUUGAACCAUAGGGUGGAGGGGAGUAGGCCAGUACUUCUCUCUCUUCCCAGGGAAGGCCCCCUGGUGCAGCGUCACCAUGGGGAAGAGUGUUGGUAUCUGCCCUGGGGCAGGUCGUCCAUCCUCAAGGCAUGUCAUUUUCAAGAGGUCAUUCUCUCUAAUGGAAUGUUAUCCUUGAGGAGCAAAAUCCAUAGCGAAAUUCUGGCCCCUGGGGAGCACUGUGGGGGAGCAUCCUCCUGGGAGCACUGUGGGGGAGCACCUCCUGGGAGGACUCUGGUGGGCAGCUCCUGGGAGCACUGUGGGGGAGCACCUCCUGGGAGCACUCUGGUGGGCACCUGGGAGCACUGUGGGGGGGCACCUCCUGGGAGCACUCUGGUGGGCACCUGGGAGCACUGUGGGGGAGCACCUCCUGGGAGCACUCUGGUGGGCAGCUCCUGGGAGCACUGUGGAGGAGCACCUCCUGGGAGCACUCUGGUGGGCACCUGGGAGCACUGUGGGGGAGCACCU